AUGAAAAAACAAUCACUGACUCACUCUUUUCUGCUGUCAUAUUCCUCACCAACAAAUUUGUUGGGAAGAGACUUGCUAGUGAAACUUGGAGCUGAAAUCCUAUGCAGCCCGGAGGGGAUUAUAGUAACUAUGAAAAAUGGUAUCACCAUGAACUGUUCCAUCACGACCACAAUGAGAACGCAUGGACAAUGGUUACUUUCUGCAAACACCUCUCCACAGGGAGCUGACAUUUACUGGGGGAGGGUGCUUCUGGGGGACACAAGGGACACCCUGAAUGAUCUGUACUGUCAAUGGGAACCUUGGAUAUUAUCAUUAGCACCAUACACUCAGCUAAUAGAUCCAUUGCAUGUCACUUUGUUUUAUGAUAGAACACAAGAGUACUGGUACCAAGAACAAUUUGAUAACAUCGCAGGAGAACAAUGGGAAAUUUGUGGGGCAGGAAUAAUGAUAGGCAAAGAGGGAGUGGCAGCUAUAGUAGAACUUACCCCCGAACAGGAACAAUGGUAUAGAAUGAGGGAAGAGGCAUCACCCCAUAUAUCAUUAUUAGUACAUCCCCAACAUCAAGCUAAAGAUCUAGGACCAAUGGUAAAGAAGGGAAUAAAUUUAACAGAUUGGAGGGAAACCCAACUUCCUGGUGUAAAAUAUUCCCCUAGCUCAGGGUAUUAUUUGAUCACACAAGAAACAAAAGACACCGUAGUGUUGGAACACGAAUGGCUCACAAGAUGGCAUGGUAGGGAGAAAAGUGAUCAUGAAGAUGCUGAAACAAUGUUGAAAAGUUUGCCCGAUCAAUUAUGGACACAGAGUCCCACAGAUGUAGGGUUUUGUAAAAAUUACCCAGAAAUUUCGUUCGAGCUGACAUGUGAUGAUCCAAUUUGGAGGCCUCAAUACAAGCACAAACCAAAGGCAGAGGAAGGGAUCAGAGAUACCAUUGAAGGUUUGUUAACCGCAGGGGUUUUAGAGUAUGCUGAUUCCAAUUGGAACACACCCAUUCUGCCUGUGGAAAAACAAAACACAGGAAAAUUCAGAAUGGCACAUGAUUUGAGAACAAUCAAUCAAAUCAUUAAAACUCCAACUUUACCUGUUCCAAAUCCAUACACUUCUCUGAAUGAAAUCACUCAAAAUCAAUCAUGGUAUACUUGCAUCGAUCUCGCUAAUGCUUUCUUCUGUUUACCUCUUGCAGAGCACUUAAGAGAUAUUUUCUCCUUCACCUACAGGGGGCGACAAAUAAGAUAUUCCCGCAUUCCCCAGGGAUUCAUUUUAUCCCCUGGGAUAUUUAACCAGGCACUGAAAGAUAUGUUACAGGGAGUGAAUUUGCCGGAGGGCACGACUCUCAUUCAGUAUGUAGAUGAUUUGUUACUGGCCGCAGAAACAGCAGAGCAAUGUAUCCAGGCCACACAUGAAGUGCUCAAAAGACUGUAUGAACAAGGCUUCAAAGUGAACAAGAGCAAAUUACAGGUAUGUAGAAGGGAAGUUACUUUUCUAGGAAGAGUAUUGUCAGCACAGGGAUCAGGAUUGUCCAGCCAACAUCGAACCUCAAUUUUGCAACAUGCCAAACCAAUUACAGUAAAAGAUAUGUUAUCAUUUCUUGGCCUGGCAGGUUUUAGCAGGAAUUAUAUUCCAGCAUAUGCAGAGCUGACACGCCCACUAAGGGAAAUGGUUAGGAAGGCAGGGCCAAGGGAACUAAAAGCAAAGUUAGCAUGGGACACAGAGACAGAAAAAGCAUUCAUAGAUGUGAAGAGCAGUUUAUCCAUGGCAGCAGAUUUGGCAAAACCAGAUUAUGACAAGCAAUUUUUCCUAGAUGUUUCACAGGGUAAGACUACAGUAAACGGAGUGUUGUUCCAGAAAGAUCAGGGUAAUCGGAUAGUUCUUAUGUACAUCAGCAUUUCACUGGAUAACAUUGAGGUAAGAGAACACCCAUGUACCAGAUAUGCAGCAGGACUGGCAAAAAUUGUGGACAAAGUUGGGCACAUAGUGCAGGGACAUUGUUUAACAGUUCUCACGGCACAUUCAGUGGUAGCUUAUGUUAAUUCAGCAUCAUUUACACUUUCCACUCUGAGACAAAGACGGUUGGAAAACUGUCUCACACAACCAAAUCUGGUUUUCACACAUGAGGGCAUAAACAUGGCCUCAUAUUGGACAGAAGGAGAACCCCAUGACUGUUGUAUGACCGUGGAAAGGGAAGAGAAAAUUAGACCAGAUUUGUUGACACACAUCAUUCCGGAGGGAGUUAUGGUGUUUUCAGAUGGAUGUUGUUUCAGAGAUUUGAGUGGAACACUGAGGUCAGGAAUAGGUAUUGCAGCACUGCAAGAGGAAGAGAUUGAAAUAUUGAUAGCAGAACCUUUACAGGGACAUCAGUCAGCUCAGAGAGCAGAAAUUGUGGCAAUGACAAAGGCGCUAGAGUGGGGGGAAGGAAAAAUAAUCAACCUUUUUAGUGACUCUGCCUAUGCAGUGGGUGCAGUUGUAACAGAAUUACCUAAGUGGAAAAGAUGUGGUUUUAUGGCAGCUAACAACAAACCUAUUAAACAUCAGGAAGACAUCAUAGCAUUAGCAGCAGCUAUUUUGAAACCCAAGCAGGUGGCAAUCAUAAAAUGUAAAGGUCAUGAUAACAGUAACUCAGAUGCGGCACAGGGUAACCGGAUAGCCGACAUGGCGGCAAAGCAAGGUGCAGGAUACGUCACACAAAUGGUGUUACAAGAUGCAGAACAGGAAGGUAACAAUAACAUUUUAUCUGACCCAGACAUAGCAGUAGAGCAACAUAAAGCAUCACCUGAGGAAAAGUCUAUGUGGCUUCAAAAGGGGGCGGUACGUUUGAACAACGGCUGGGUAGGACCGGACGGUAAACCAGUUAUUCCACCUAGUAUGAUAAAACCCCUUAUCACUCAGGCACACACCCCCUCACAUGUUGGAAUCAAACAAACCAUUUCCAAUCUUAACCAGUGGUGGCACCCAUACCUGGCUGCUACAGUUAAAGAAUUUAUCGCUAACUGCAGGGUGUGCUCCAUACACAAUGUACGUGCUGGAGUGAAAUGUGCCCCAGGUGUCUUCCCGCCACGGGGACCUGGUGAGGAAGUGGUUAUCGAUUACACAGACAUGGGGGACAGAGUGGAAGGUAAACGGUAUCUUUUGGUUUUCGUGGAUGUGUUUUCAGGUUGGCCAGAGGCGUGGCCCACGGGGAAGGAAGAUUCGAUUUCGGUGAUUAAGUGUUUGAUUAACCAAUACAUUCCGCGUCACGGUUUUCCACGAAUUAUUCGCUCAGACAACGGUACACAUGUUAAGAAUACAGAUUUGCAAAAGGUUGAGAGUGCACUGGGAUUGCGCUUCCGUUUCGGUAUUGUAUACCACCCUCAGUCACAGGGUAAGGUCGAACGCAUGAAUCUCACGCUGAAAACAAAAAUCGCCAAAAUCUGUACACAGAUGAAAGUGAACUGGGUAACGGCGUUGCCUUUGGCACUUUUGUCUGUACGAUCGUCCAUUAACCACAUGACGUCAUUUACACCGUUCAAACUUUUGACAGGUCGCUCAUUUCCUGGUCCGUUCAACCCAGUGCACCCUGAACCAAUUAAUGAUCUUGAUCACAGAACGUACUUUGCCAAGCUGAAUGUUCUUGUCUCAAGCUUUUCCAAACAGAAAACCUUAUCACCGGCCCAUCCAGACGCAGAAAUCACUCCAUCGGCAGAGUGGGUGCUUCUCAGGGUGUUUAAGCGGAAGUGGAACGAACCUCGUUGGACUGGGCCAUACAGAGUGACUGAGCGCACAACACAUAGUGUCAGAGUAGCUGGUAAAGAUGACACUUGGUUCCAUUGGUCUUGUUGUUCCCCUACCAACCAACCAGAAAGAUCGCUGGAUACGGUAAGAUUGGACCUGCAGGAACUGCAGGACCAAAAGGGGGAAUCCAACACAGGGGAACAACAACAGGUUGACAUUUCACAACAGCAGGUUGACAUUUCCCAAAAGAACACAAAACUAACACUCAAAGAACUAAAGGGGGACUUAUUCAACAGUCCAGAACAUGAAGCAUUAGCUCACUGCAUUAGCAAAGAUUGUGCAUUUGGGAAAGGAAUAGCAUUGGAAUUCAGAAAAAGAUAUGGAGUAGACAAAGUAGUUAGACAACAGAAAGUGGUGGGACAGUGUGCGGUAACACAGGAAGGGCAAAGAACAAUCUUUCACCUGAUAACAAAAGAGAAAGCCAAAGAUUUGCCAACAUACGACACAUUGAGACAGGCAAUAAAGGAACUCAAAAAACACUGUGAAGAACAAAGAGUAAAAAAGUUGGCUAUACCCAGGAUUGGGUGUGGUUUGGACAGACUAGAGUGGGAAAAAGUAAGGGAUGUAAUCAAAGAAGAGUUCCAAAACACAGACAUAAUCAUUACUGUGUAUGUAAGGGAAUAAUAAGUGGAAAAAGAGGAGAUUGUGAUUUUCAAACAUUUUACAUUUU